AUGCUAGUGUCUAACCAUGAUGAAGCCGACAAAGUUGCUAAAGAUUUAAGGGUUGAAGAAUACGUUGUCAAGGCACAAAUACUGGCCGGAGGUCGAGGUGUCGGAGUUUUCAGUAAUGGUUUUAAGGGAGGAGUUCAUUUAACAAAAAAUCCAUCGGAAGUGGGUAAUUUAGUUAAACAAAUGUUGGGAAAUAAACUUAUUACAAAGCAGACUCCAAAAGAUGGAAUUUUGGUAAAUAAAGUAAUGGUAGCGGAAUCUGUUGACAUUCAAAAAGAAACUUAUUUUAGUAUUUUAAUGGAUAGGACUCAUAAUGGACCUGUAGUAGUAGUCAGUGCAGAAGGAGGAGUAGAUAUUGAAAAUGUUGCUGAAAAAAACCCAGAAGCCAUUAAAAUUAUCCCAAUUGAUAUUUUUAAAGGAUUGACAGAUGAUAUAGCUGUCCAAGCAGCAGAAUUUUUAAAAUUUACUGGAGUAUCUAAAGAGAAAGCAGUCAGCGAAAUGAAAAAAUUAUGGAAAUUUUUUCUUGAUGUAGAUGCCACACAAGUUGAAAUUAAUCCUUUAGCAGAGUCUUCAAAAAACGAUGUUGUUGCAGUGGAUGCAAAAAUUAAUUUUGAUGAUAAUGCUCAAUAUAGGCAAAAAGAUAUAUUUGAAAUGGAAAAUAAAACUGAAAUUGACCCAAGAGAACUGCUAGCUUCUCAGUUUAAUUUGAAUUACAUACCUUUAGAAGGAAAUAUUGGAUGUCUGGUAAAUGGUGCAGGGCUGGCAAUGGCAACAAUGGAUAUUAUUAAGUUAGAAGGUGGAGAACCAGCUAAUUUUUUGGAUGUUGGAGGAAAUGUUAAUGAGAAUCAAGUUACUGAAGCAUUUAAGUUAUUGACUUAUGAUAAUAAAGUUAAAGCAAUUUUAGUUAAUGUUUUUGGAGGAAUAGUAAAUUGUGCAACUAUUGCUAAGGGAAUAGUCGCAGCCUGUAAAAAAAUUAAUGUUAAAACUCCAAUAGUAGUUAGAUUAGAGGGAACAAAUGUAAAUGAAGCUAAGAAAAUUUUAGAAAACUCAGGAUUACCAAUUAUUAAUGCAAAAGGUUUGCAAGAAGCUGCGAGAGAAGUGGUCGCAGCAGCAAAACGAUAG